AUGUCGGGUAACUACGAUGAAAAACUUUCCGAUCUUAACAAAUUGCUCAAAAUAGAACCCGACAAUGCUUCCGCGUUGAGUGAUCGUGGGGAGAUUUACAGGAUAUUGAAUAAGUACGAUGAGGCCCUCUCGGAUUUCAACAGGUCCCUGGAAAUAGAUCCUAAUAAUGCUUCCGCGUUAAAGGGUCGUGGAGCAACUUACAGAAUUCUAGGAAGAUAUCAUGAAGCGCUUUCAGACUUAAACAGGUCACUAGAUAUAGAUCCAGAGGAUGCCUUUGCGUUAAGAAACCGAGGUGAAACUUACAGGAUUUUAGGAAAAUAUCGAAAUGCCCUUUCCGAUUUAAAUAGAUCGUUAGAAGUAAAACCGAAUACAGUUUUUGCAUUAAGGAACCGUGGAGAAAUAUAUCGAGUUUUAGGUAGAUAUGAUGAUGCGCUUUCUGAUCUGAAUAGAUCGUUAACAAUAAAAUCAGAUGAUGGUUUUGCGCUAAACUCGCGAGGAGCCAUCUACCGAAUGUUGAAUAAACACGACAGGGCUCUCUUGGAUCUCAACAUGUCACUGAAAAUAAGGCCGGAUGAUGCUUUUGCCUUAAAGAAUCGUGGAGCGACUUACAGGGUAUUAGGCAAAUAUAACGAGGCACUUGAUGAUCUGAGUAGAUCGAUAGAGAUGGAACAGAACAAUGCUUUUGCAUUAAGAAACCGUGGAGAAAUUUAUAGAAUCUUGGGAAAAUAUAAUGAGGCGUUAUCAGACUUAAAUAAAUCAUUGAUAAUAAAGCCGAAUGCGGUUUUUGCAUUGAGAAAUCGGGGUGAAAUUUACAGGAUGUUGGGUAAAUACAAUAAUGCACUUUCGGACUUAAACAGGUCACUGGAAAUAAAGGCGGAUGACGGUUUUGCACUAAAUGCGCGUGGAGCCACUUACAGGAUGUUGAACAAGCACGAGGACGCACUCUUUGAUCUCAACAAAUCAUUGAAGCUAAAAUCCGACGAUGACUUUGCGUUAAAGUCACGUGGAGAAACGUAUCGAAUAUUAGGAAAAUAUAAUGAAGCUUUGAAAGAUUUCAACUGCUCGUUAAAAAUAAAACCGGAUGAUGUUUUUGCCUUGAGAAAUCGUGGAGCAACUUAUUUACUACAGAGCAAAUAUAAAGAGGCAUUUUUAGACUUGAACAAGCUAUUAAAAGUAAAGCCAAACGACCCUUUUGCAUUAAAAUCACGCGGAGAAGCCAACAGAAUGACCAAAAAUUUCAAAGAAGCUCUUAAUGAUUUUAACAAGUUGUUGGAAAUCAAGCCAGACGAUGCCUCGAUAUUGAGCAACCGAGGAGAUGUCUACAAAAUGUUGGGUGAAUAUGAUAAAGCCCUUUCGGAUUUUAACAACUCUUUGAGAAUCGAGAAAGAUGAUGCUUUUGCACUAAGAAGUAGGGGAACGGUAUACAAGAUUUUGGACAAGUAUAAUGAGGCGCUCAUGGAUUUCAAUAAAUCAUUGGAAAUAGAACCAGAUAACGCAAUAUCGUUAGGAAAUCGUGGAGAUAUUUACAUAGUACUGGGUGAAUAUGACAAAGCACUUUCGGACUUUAACAAAUCCUUAAAGAUAGAACAAAACAAUCACUUUUCAUUGAUAAAUCGAGGAAUAACUCAUAAAAUGUUGGAUAAAUAUAAGGAGGCACUUGCGGAUCUCAAUAAGUCGCUAGCGAUAGAACCGGGUAAUCCUACGGUGUUAAAGGAACGUGGAGGGUUAUAUAUGAAAUUUGGGAAAUAUAAAAAAGCGCUUUCGGAUUUUAGCAAGUCGCUAGAAAAGUGUCCCGACGAUCCUUUUGUAUUACUCAAUCGUGGUCUAGCAUAUGUAAUGCUAGGGAGCUAUAACAAAGCAUUUUCAGAUCUCAAUAAAUUAUUGGAAAUACUAUCAGACAAUGUUUUUGCGUCGAAAAGUCGUGGAAACGCUUACGCAUAUAACAAUUUGUUUUUGACAUUAAACAGAUCAUUGAUGAGGAAUCCUGACAACAAGUUCUUGUUAUGGAGCCGAGGACUAGCGUAUAGGAUGAUGGGAAAGUACAACGAUGCACUUUCGGAUUUUAACAAUUCGUUGGAGAUUCAGUCAGGAUCCGCCUUUGCAUUGAAGAAUCGUGGAGAGAUAUACAGAAUGUUGAGGAAAUAUGAUAAGGCGCUUUCUGAUUUUGACAGAUCAUUGAAAAUAGAGAAACGUGAUGCUUUUGUAUUAAGAGUUCGUGGGAAAACCUAUGGGAUAAUAAACAGAUAUAGGGAAGCACUUUCUGAUCUCAACAAAUCUUUGGAAAUCGAGCCGGAUAAUAUUAUCGCUUUGAUGAAUCGUGGAGAAGUGUAUUUAAUGCUAAACGAAUAUGGUAAAGCGCUUUCGGACUUUGAUCGAUUACUCGAAAGAAAGCCGAAUGACGUUACAUUAUCGAAGCGUGGUUCGACGUAUAGAAUGAUGGGCGAAUAUGAUAAUGCACUUUCAGAUUUCAAUCAUUCCCUGAAAAUAAAUCCGGUUAACGUAUUUUCAUUGUGGAAUCGCGGUGUGACCUACAAAGUGCUGGAAAGAUAUGAUGAGUCACUUGCAGACUUAAAUAAAUCGCUGGGGAUGGAACCGGACAACACAUUUGCAUUAAAAGGUCGCUCAGAACUUUACAAAGUUUUAGGUAAACAUGACAAAGCACUUCUAGAUUUAAAUAAACUAUUGGGUAUCAAACCGUAUGAUGCCUUUGCGUUAGGUGAUCGAGGAGAAAUAUACAGAGAGUUGGGUAAACAUGAUAAAGCCCUCAUAGACUUCAAUCGAGCGUUGAGCAUAAAAUCAGAUAAUGCUUUUGCACUAAAGAAUCGUGGUGAAAUUUACAGAAUGUUACACGAGUAUAGUAAAGCUCUGUCGGACUUAAAUAGAUCAUUGGAAAUAAAUCCCGAUGAUAAUUUUGCGCUAAAAUCACGCGGGGAAACAUACAAAAGUUUGGAAAAGUAUGACGAGGCCGUUUAUGAUUUUAGUAAAUUAUUAGAUAGAAAUCCUGAGGAUGCCCUUUUAUACAGAAAACGUGGAGAAAUUUACAUAAUUUUAGGAAAACGCGAAGAAGCACUUCUGGAUUUUAAUAGGUCGCUGGAGAUAGAACCGAAUGACACCUUUUCAUUGAGGAAUCGUGGUGCAAUAUACAGAAUGAUGUUUAGAUAUAACGAGGCUCUCUUGGAUUUGAAUGCAUCGCUAAGAAUCGAGACCGUCGAUUCCUUCGCAUUGAAGAAUCGUGGUGAGACUUACAGAAUGAUGGGUAGGUACGAUGAGGCGCUUUCCGACUUCGACAAAUCAUUGGAAAUAGAGUCGGGUGACGCGUUUUCAUUAAGAUCACGUGGAGAAGUUUACAGAAUGUUGAGGCAAUACAAUAAGGCUGUUUUCGAUCUUGAUAAAUCGCUAGAAAUAGAACCCAAUGAUGCUUUAGGGUUAAAAAUACGCGGGGAAAUCUACAGGAUGUUGGGAAAAUAUAGGAAAGCACUUAUGGACCUUGAUAGAUCACUUGAAAUUAAAAAGAAUGAUACUUUUGCAUUAAAUUCGCGUGGAGAAACAUACAGAGUAUUGGGUAGAUACAAUGAAGCUCUCGCAGAUCUUAACAAAUCAUUAGAAAUUAAACCAGAUGAUACUUUUGCACUAAGAAACCGUGGAGAAACAUAUAGACUAUUGCAAAAAUAUGAUGAGGCACUUUCGGAUUUAAACUUAUUGCUGAAAAAAGACCCAAAUGAUCCUUUUGCAUUAAAAUCGCGCGGAGAAAUUUACCGAAUGUUGGGCAAAUUCCAGGAAUCACUUUGUGAUUUCGAUCGAUCGUUGAAUGCAAAUCCAAAUGAUGCUUCUUUACGAAAGAGUCGAGGACAGAUUUUUAAAAUAUUGGGCAGAUAUAAUGAGGCGCUCUCUGAUUUGACCAAAUCAUUGGAAAUAGAGCCUGAUGAUUGUUCCGUGUUAAAACUGCGUGGUGAAACUUACAGAAUGUUAAAUCGAUACGUUGAGGCACUUUCCGAUUUUAGCAUAUCAUUAGAAAUAAAACCAGUUGAUGCCGAAGUAUUAAAUUCACGAGGUGAAAUCUAUAGAAUAAUGAAUAGGUAUAAUGAAGCGCUUUACGAUUUCAACAAAUCGUUAAAAAUAGCAUCGAAUGAUGUUUAUGCACUGAGAAAUCGAGGUUUAACAUACAAGAUGUUAGGCAAACAUAAUGAAGCCCUUUCGGAUUUCAACAGGUUGCUAGAAAUAGAACUGGAUGACCCUUUUGCAUUAAAGAACCGUGGAGAAAUUUAUAUGAUGCUGGGAAAUAAUAAUGAAGCGCUUUUAGAUUUCAAUAGAUUCCUCAACGUUACACCGGAUGACGCCUUCUCAUUAAAAUGUCGAGGUGCUAUUUAUAGGAUCAUGAAUAAGCACAAGGAAGCACUUUUGGAUUUAGAGAGGUCAUUGCAGAUAAAUUCGAAUGAUUCAUUUGCGUUAAAGAAUCGUGGAGAAACCUAUAGAAUUUUGGGUAAAUAUGAUGAAAUGUUUAUGGAUUUAAAUAAAGUGCUGGAAAUGGAACCGGAUGAAGUUUUUGCAUUAAAUUCACGUGGCGCGGCUUACGUGACGCUUGGUAAAUACAAUGAAGCACUAUUGGAUUUCGAAAAAUCUCUAAAGAGAAAGUCAAAUAGUAUUUUUGCAUUGAAUUCACGUGGAAUAACUUACAGAAUGUUGGGAAAAUACGACGAAGCACUUUUAGACUUUAACAAAUCACUAGAAAUAGAAUCCGACAACUUCAUUUCAUUAAAGAACCGAGGAGCAAUCUAUGCGUUGUUAGGCAAAUAUGACGAGGCACUUUCUGACCUCAAUAGAUUACUAGAAAGAGAUUCAACGGAUGCUUUUGCACUUUGUAAUCGUGGUUUAACCUAUAGAAUGUUGGGCAAACAUGACGAGGCACUUUCUGAUUUCGACAGAUUACUUGAAAGAAUUCCUGAUGAUGCUUUGGCAUUAAAAAGUCGUGGAGACACACUUCGAGCACUGAAUAGAAGUGACGAAGCAUACUUUGAUUUAAACGAAUUGUUAGAAAUAGAACCCGAGGAUAAUUUUGAAAACAAAUCGCACAAAACCACUUAUAGAAUGUUGACAAUACGUGAUCAAAAUUUUUCCAAUACCAAUGGAUUGAACAUAAUCUCGUACACGAAACUUAAGGAUAUUGAAUAUUUAGCAGAUAGUGAAUCGGGAAGAUUGUAUAAGGCUGUUUGGAUAAGAACUUCGAAAGAAACCAAAAAAGUAGCUCUCAAGUACUUAAACGACUCAAGAAAUAAAUGUAAGAAAUUUGCAAAAGAGAAGAAUCCAUAG